UGGGGCGUUCAGGUGUUCGACCGCUUCACCAUUGUGCUGCACAUCUUCCGCUGCCAUGCCCGCACCAAGGAGGCCCGGCUGCAACUGGCCCUGGCUGAGCUCCCCCUGCUCAGGGCCAACCUGAAGAAGGACCCCUCCCAGCUGGACCAACAGGGCAGGGGCUCUCGCUACAUCAUGGGCUCAGGGGAGACCUUCCUGCAGGAGCGGCAGCGGCUGCUGAAGGACAGGGAGGCGCGGAUCAGGAAGGCGCUGCGGAAGCUCGCCGUCAAACGGCGCCUGCUGCGCGGACAGCGGCAGCGCCGCGAGCUGCCCACGGUCGCCGUCGUGGGGUACACCAACUCUGGCACGCGUCCCCCAUCCCUGCAGGACGUGAUUGUGCACGUGCGGGACGUCAGCCACCCUGAGACAGAGCUGCAGAAAGCCAGUGUCCUGUCGGCGUUGCACGGCCUGCGCCUGCCCGCCCCCCUGCUGGGCAGCCUCGUGGAGGUGCACAACAAGGUGGACCUGGUGCCCGGGUACCGGCCGGCGGAGCCUGGGGCCCUGGCUGUGUCUGCGCUGCUUGGGCAGGGCCUGCAGGACCUGCGGCGCGCGCUGGAGGCUGCUGUCCUGAAGGCCACCGGGAGGCGGCUCCUCACUCUCCGGAUUCCGCUCCACGGGGCGCAGCUGAGGUCCGGCCGGGGCGGAGCGCAGUGGGCGUCAGGGCCGGGGUUGGCUGGGGCGCAGCUGAGUUGA